AUGAGCGCUGAGUUUAAUCUGAUCGGUAAUCAGAACCCCAGUUUCUUCAUUCACUUCAAACCCAAUUUGGAUGAUUUUUCUGUAAAAAAAAUAUCAUUCUUCGAGGUUAGUGAAGGGUUUGGGCGACAAAUUCAACGGUGCUGCUUUGUCAGGGGAGAAUUUCCUGGACAACGGAUAGUUCAAAGGAAAUGUGUUUCUUCCAAGCGCGGCGGAGUCAAAGGUGGCAACAGGGAUGAUCAAGGGAGUGUGAAGGGUUCUGAGAUUAGCGCUAAAACGGUGUUGUGGUGUUGGCAAUAUUAA